UAAUAAUUAAAUGAAAUUAUUAAAAAUAAUUUCAUUACUAUUUUUAACCUAUACCAAGCGUGCUUGGUUAUAAUUAAGAUUUUAGUUAACCAUGAAUACCGCAUUAGUUAACAAUUAUCUAAUAGUUUUAAGCUUAUAAGCUAUUACACCAUUUGUUGACACAAAUAUCACCUUGUCGGUCUCCAUGAACUGUGUCAGCUCAAAAACGGGCGCUAAGUUCCCUGCCUCUCAACAAAUAACCUUCCCUGCUCCUAUAACUUGUAACGGCUACCUAACAAUUGACAAGAGCCUGGAUGAGAAAAUCGAGAUUACUAGCGAUAAAACGGUCUUGUUCAAAGUUAACAAUUUGUCCACGUAUCUAGCUUUUGCUAAUGGUAAUUUAUUCCGGGUCCAAAUGGGUACUGUUAGUGACGGUCCUUGCCAGGGUGAUAGUUUUAGGUGGACCCUGUCAUUCUUGCCGGAUAACCGGGAUGGUUGCACCAGUAGUGAUGGGGUGUCCCGUUGGACUAUGAACUAC